UUUUGGGAGAUUACCUGUUAUGUGGUGACAACACUUAUAAACCUUCAUUUCUCUUUCUACAGUAAACUACCAGAUAAUGAGACUUGUUUGUAACUGUCGUUGUCGUGACGACAACGGAAAAGAAAGAGAUGUAUUAUUAGUGAUGGUUACAUCACAAAGUAACAAAGGCGUAGCUCUGUUACUGGGUUGCUCAAAAACCACCCCCUAGGCUUCAUCCUCAUUCCUCUCCAUGUAUGUGUUUCCACUCUUACAAGUUGUUCCAAUUAUUGUAGUUACUAGAAAUUCACUUUAUCCUCCAUAAUUUUUGAUUCUCUUUCUUUUUCCUCUUUCUUUCCUUUAUCUUCCUCAUCUUCUUCUUGUACCGUUAUCUAUUAUACCAAUAAGAGAAGAAGAGAGAAAAUAAUAUCAAAAAUUGAGCUGUUUUAAGUACUUUUUUUACACAAUUGAUUUGAUUAAUUGUUUCAUCGAUUGAGUUAAUUUAGUUACGUUUGUGUGUUUGUUUUUGUUAUAUCAUUUUAAAUUAUCAUCAUUUACUUAAUUCCCCACCAACAUCAUCACCACAUUUAUCAUCAUAAUCCUUGAUCAACUUGAAUCUAGUUAAUUAUUUUUCACCUCACUAAGGGUUAUUUAAGUUAAUUAAAUCCUCGUUACCAAACAAAAACAAUGAUUACAACAAUUAAUUGGGUUGAUAAUCAUUUGGAUUGCUAAUCAAACCUUAUAUUACAUAUAUUUACAAGGUCAAUCAAAGGAUAUCAUGUGAUCAUAUCAUCGCUAAUUGUGAUAAAUUAAAAAUUAAUCAAACUGGUCAACAAUCAAUUCAAUUUAAUUCAACACCAAACUAAUUAAUCUUCUGUGAUCUUCAACAAAACAAUCAAAUCAAAACUGAAUUAGAUUAUUUUUCAAAAAUAAACAAAACAAAAAAAGACAAGGUAACAAUUAAUGAGGAGAAAACAAUGUUACCUAAUAACGUUUUUCAUUUGGAAUUAAUCAGCAACUAGUGAUUAACGAUUUUCGAUCAACAAUUGGAUUGAAACAAUUUAGAAUUGUAAUAAACAAAACAAAAUCUUUUUUUCGCCUUUUCAACGUAAACCAAAAUACUCAAGUAAAUAUUAUCAUGUCUUCCACUUUAAUCGCAAACAAAGGAAAGUUUAAUUCAUAAGAUUCGAGAAAUUGACCUCGAACGAAUCGUGAUCGAAGAUGAAUACGAUGUGGCCAAGGAAAUCGGUUCAGGUGAUUACGUUAAAGUUUGUUUAGCUAUCCAUAAAAAGACAGGUACACAAAAUAAUUCAUUUUGACUGUUGAUAGAUUUUCAAGUUUCACCCUGAAGGCCUCACAAUCAUGAUAAUAUUGAAAAUGCUCUAAUCGAAAAAUCCAAUUUAUCUCUCUGGUUUCAUCUUUUUGUGUCACUGGAACAUUUUUGUUUUCUCUCCUUCUCUUUUCUGGUAUCAAGUUUGGACAUUUUAGUUUAGUUUUAUAUCAUGGAACAUGGUGAUGACAAUCCUAAGGUUCAAGAAGAAGGCCAAAUAUUACGUUCUAAGCUUCGGAAAGAUUUCCUGGACACUUUGAUGGUUCUUCGGGGAAAACAAGUAAACCUUGUUAUGUACGAAACUGGUCUCACCUCUUUAAAAGCUUCUUACAAAUCAGGUGAUCCUAAUUUCAAUCAUUUGAUUGUUGAACAUCUUGAAACUGCCAUUGGAAUUGUACCUAAAGCAAUAAUCAGAACUUGCGAUGUUAUCUCUUUAAAUUUUAAACUCAAUUAAUUAUCUUCAUUAUAACCCUUAUUGUCUUUCUGAUUGUCAUCGGUUAAAUAUUGACCAGUAUCUCUGUUACUUGGUCAAUAACAAUUUCUAUUAUACUGUGAACCAAAUGGUUAAAAAUAUUAAAACAUCAAAAUGAACAAAGGUUUAACUGUGGAGGGAUGGAAAGAGGAACGACCUGAAGCCAAUGAGACAACAACAGUUACUUAUAAUCCAAAUAAAGGAAUUCCAAUUGACCAACAAAGAUAUCGACUGCCGAUUUAUGAAUUUAAAGAUCAACUACUUUAUCUGCUGGAACAACAUCAAGUUCUGGUAAUUAGAGGAGAAACUGGUUGUGGUAAAAGUACCCAAAUUGGCCAAUAUUUAACUGAUGCCGGUUGGUCAAGAGGUGUUGACAAUUUGUUCACAAUUGGUAUUACUCAACCUCGUCGGGUAGCAGCGACUUCACUGGCUAAAAGAGUGGCCGAAGAGAGAGGAUGUCACCUUGGUAAACAAGUUGGUUAUAGUAUCCGAUUUGAUGAUUGUUAUGAACCUGGAAUCACGGUGAUUAAAUACAUGACGGAAGGGAUUUUGAUCCGUGAGAUGAUGAGUGAUCCGUUAUUGAAAAAUUAUUCUGUUAUUAUGGUUGACGAAAUUCAUGAGAGAACCUUACAAACUGAUGUUCUACUUGGUUUGAUGAAGAAAAUUCUCCGAAAACGUCCCGAGUUUAGGUUAAUUGUUUCUUCGGCAACGGUUGAAGUGGAAACGAUGGAAGAUUUUUUCACCGAAGAUGGCCUUAAAACGACCAACUUAGCGAUUGAAGGUCGAACUCAUCCAGUGGAAAUAUUUUUCUCCAAUGAACCAGUAGCUGAUUAUCUUAAAUCUUCCGUUGAUUGUGUAAUUAAAAUCCAUGAGACUUUAGGAAUUGGUGAUAUUCUCGUGUUUUUAACGGGACAAGAUGAAGUGGAAAAGGCUUGUGAAUCUUUACUAGAUUAUGCCAGAGGAAUUAAAGAUAAUCCCGAUUACAGGAAGAUGUUUGUUCUUCCCCUUUACUCAUCUUUACCUUCAGCUGAUCAGCUCAAAGUGUUUGAUGUUUUCCCUCGUUCGGUUCGUAAAGUAAUUGUGGCCACUAAUCUUGCCGAAGCUUCCAUCACAAUCAACGGAAUUGUUUACGUGAUCGACUGUGGUUUUGUUAAACUUCGAUAUUAUAAUCCGAAAACUUGUACAGAUUCUUUGGUCGUGGUUCCCAUUUCUCAAGCAUCGGCCGCCCAAAGGGCCGGAAGAGCAGGUAGAACCAAACCUGGUUCUGUUUACCGUUUAUACACCGAAAAUGAUUACAAAUCUUUAGAACCAUUUACUUGUCCAGAGAUUCGUCGGUCAUCCUUAUCUCCAGUCAUCUUACAAUUAAAAGCUCUCGGUGUUAAUAAUAUUCUUAAAUUCAGUUUUCCCUCUAAACCACCAGAAUAUAAUCUAAUCACUGGACUUGAAUUACUUUACGCUCUUGGUGGACUUGAUGAUAAUGGUCACUUGACCGAACCUCUUGGCCUUCAAAUGGUUGAAUUGCCAUUGGAACCAAUGUUUGCCAAAAUGUUAUUAAUCUCUGGUUCCAUGGGUUGUUCAGAAGAAGCUCUUACAAUUGCGUCUAUGUUACAAGUCCAAAAUAUUUUUGUUCAACCUUCUUCUGGUCAACGAUCAAUAGCCGCUCGAAAUUGUAAACACUCAUUUUCAGUCGAAGAAGGAGAUUUAAUAACUUAUCUAAAUGUUUAUAAUAGUUUCAUGGCAGCGGGUAAAGUGAAAAGUUGGGCUGAUUCAAAGUAUCUCAAUUAUAAAGGUUUACUAAGAGCAGUUGAGGUUCGAUCUCGAUUAUCUAAAUUACUUCGACGAUUUAAUGAACCAAUUGUUUCUGCCGAAGGUGAUGUUGAUCUGGUUCGACGAUGUAUAGUUGCAGGAUUUUUCGCCAAUGCUGCUUAUCUCCAUCCCACCGGUGUUUAUAAGACAGUUAAAGGAGAUCAUGAACUUCAUCUUCAUCCAACCUCAGUUCUUUACACUCGACCUCGACCUCCACAAUGGGUCAUUUUUGUUGAAGUUCUUCAUACCACCAAAGAAUAUAUGAGAGACUGUACAGUGAUUGAUUGUCGAUGGUUAUACGAAUUGGCACCUCAUUAUUAUGAAUUCGGUACAGAUCGUGAGGUUUUAGAAAGAAAAUUACAAUCAUCAAAAUAACAGAAAAAAGUAGCAAACUUGUAAAUUAAUCGACAAUUUUUUUGACCAUUGAAACUUUUUUUUUUAAAUUCUGAAAUCGUAAUCGCAAUCAAUCAGUAAUUCUUAUUAUGGAAAAAUCUUUACAAUUUUAUUAAUCUAUUUUUCAUUGGAAUUAAACCAUCUCAAAUUUAACCAA